ACAAAGGGCAGUCGACGACCCGCACCAUAUAUAAUUGUGCCCGAAAGCUUCGAAGAGAGUUCUAUCUCGUGUCGCUCAACUUCCGACGUUCGCCGCCGCGUGCUCCGGCUAUCGAGGGUUUGAGUGAUUGGAUAAACUUCCAUCAUGUCUUGGUGCACCAUCGAGUCGGAUCCUGGUGUUUUUACUGAACUUAUACAACAAAUGCAAGUUAAAGGGGCUCAGGUUGAGGAGCUGUAUUCAUUAGAUCUCGAAGCUCUCGAUAAUUUAAGGCCAAUAUACGGGCUAAUAUUCCUCUUCAAAUGGCGUCCUGGUGAGAAAGAUGACCGUGCUGUUAUAAAGGAUCCAAAUCCAAACUUGUUUUUCGCCAGCCAGGUGAUAAACAAUGCCUGUGCAACCCAAGCAAUCUUGUCGAUUCUGCUGAACAGUCCCGACCUAGAUAUUGGGCCAGAGUUAUCAGCGCUGAAAGAUUUCACCAGAAACUUCCCGCCCGAGCUUAAAGGUCUAGCCAUCAACAACAGCGACGCAAUCCGCACAGCGCACAACAGUUUCGCCAGACCCGAACCCUUUGUACCAGAAGAGCAACGUUCGGCUGGGAAGGACGACGAUGUAUAUCACUUCAUAAGCUAUUUACCUGUCGAUGGUGUCCUUUAUGAACUCGAUGGACUCAAGGAGGGCCCCAUAAGCCUUGGGCCGUGCCCUUUCGGGCAAAGCGAGGCUGAAUGGCUACGCCUAGUGCAACCAGUGAUUCAAGAACGAAUCGAGAGAUACUCCCAAAACGAGAUAAGGUUCAAUCUGAUGGCGGUCAUCAGGAACCGAAAGGAAAUCUACACGGCCGAGCUGAAAGAACUCCAGAGGAAGAGGGAGCGGAUACUGCAGCAGCUUGCUGCGAUGCAAUCCGAGCGAAUGGUUGAUGCGAGUAAUGUCGAUGCGAUGAACACAACCCUCUCGGAAAUAAAUGCUGGGAUCGAAGCCGCCACUGAGAAGAUUCUAAUGGAGGAGGAGAAGUUCAAGAAAUGGAGGACCGAAAAUAUUCGCCGCAAGCACAACUACAUUCCCUUCUUGUUCAACUUUCUGAAGAUGCUGGCGGAGAAGAAGCAACUCAGACCUCUCAUCGAGAAGGCGAAGCAAAAAGCCGCGAAAUCGUAAGUAAGUUCCCAUCCAUAUUCUACUGAAGCGACGCUUACUUAUGCCGUGAUUUAAAUUAGCUUUUUGAAGAUACUUCCGCUAUGCUGUUUUUGACUUGUCGCGCAUAUUUCUAUAUCUAUUUUGAACGCUUUCGCAGAAGCUUUUUUUUUUUUUUUUGUAGAUUUGUUGAAUUAGAGUAUCCGUUUUCAUGCUGAGAAUUCGAAGUUCAUAAAUCAUAUUUGCCCGAUCGACAGGCAAAUAAUAUCGGUAGAGUUGGAUUUGAGUUACCAUUUAAUGUGCUUAUUAUUACA